AUGUUUCUCCGCUCGCUCGUUCGUCGAUUCGCGACGUCUGCCACCGAGCCACUCACCCAGUUCAUCCCUACCCAGCUACGAAAAACGCCUUUGUACGACUUUCACGUCCAAAAUGGCGGGAAAAUGGUCCCAUUCGCGGGAUACUCGAUGCCGCUUUCGUAUGGAGAUGUAGGGCAGGUCGCCAGCCAUAACCAUGUCCGUAAAAGCGUCGGCCUGUUUGACGUCGGCCACAUGGUCCAAUCCAACUUCCGCGGUCCCACUGCUCAGCCAUUCCUCGAAUGGCUGACACCUUCAGCACUAAGCGCACUAUCGCCAUACUCCUCAACACUCUCUGUUCUGCUCAACCAGAACGGAGGAAUCAUCGACGACACGAUAAUAACCAAACACGCGGAGGACGCUUUCUAUGUGGUCACCAAUGCCGGGAGGAGAGAACGCGAUUUGGGCUGGUUUUCGGAAAAGAUAGAUGAAUGGAACAAUGGGGAGAGAGCGAAGAAGGAUGGGCCGGUGGAGAUGGAGAUAUUGGAUGGAUGGGGAAUGGUAGCUUUGCAGGGUCCUCUCGCGGCCGCAUACCUCCAAUCUCUCACUUCCUUCGACCUCCGUACCCUGACAUUCGGCAAAUCGGCAUGGAUUCCCAUCGACGGAGGGUACACCCUGCACAUUGCCCGCGGCGGAUACACUGGCGAAGACGGAUUCGAAAUCUCCAUCCCACCUCAAAGCACAGAGGAAGUCGUCAGAGACUUACUCACUCGCGACCCUGUCCAACUGACAGGACUAGGCGCCCGAGACUCGCUGAGGUUGGAAGCCGGUAUGUGUCUGUACGGCCAGGAUUUGGAUGAGGAGACUACACCAUUGGAAGCUGGUCUGGGAUGGGUCGUUGGGAAGGAGCGGAAAGCUGCUGGAGGGUUCAUCGGUUUUGAGGGUGCUCUGAAGACGCCGACGCGUCGACGCGUCGGGUUGGUGGUAGAGGGUGCACCCGCGAGACAAGGCGCGAAGAUAUAUGCUCCUGGUUCGGACACCCUUCUUGGGGAGGUUACUUCUGGGAUUCCGUCGCCCACGCUGGGUAAGAAUAUCGCGAUGGGGUAUGUUAGUGUUGAAGGCGGGAAACAUAAGAAGGGCGCCGAGGUCGAGGUCGAGGUGAGAGGCAAAAGAAGGCAGGCAAAGGUCGUAGGAAUGCCCUUUGUGCCAACGGGAUACUGGCGAGGCUGA